GCUUUAUAUCCAAGCAUAUAAGGAAAUAACAACAUUGCGCACGAUCAGUGUUAAAUAAAAUCACCGUGCAGUGAGCUGUUUUAGUAUUCAUAACAAAGUGUUUAAUAAAACAUGCGGAAGAUAAUAUGUUUACUUUUGUUCGCGCUAGCCGUCAUGGCCCAAGAAGAGAAACCUCAAUACGAUUUGAGCAAAGGUGAAGAAUUGUUCGAUAAGUUCAUAAAGGAUUACAAUAAAGAAUAUAAGGAUGAAGCAGACAAGAAAGUACAUUACGAAGAGUUUCUUAAAUCGUUGAAAGUAAUAAAUGAUGCUAAUGCCGCGCCAUCUAGCGCAACGUUCGAUAUAAACGCAUUCGCCGACUAUACUCCUGAGCAGAGGAAAUUUUUGCACGGAGGAAAAAUUCCACGGGAACAUCAGAAGGCUGAAACGGAAACAAAGUGAUGUAUUUUUCUAGUUCUUCGUAUUUUAUGUUUUCUUGUACUUUUUUAUUUUAAUUUUUGUAACCGAGUUCUAAUAAAAUAAACUGUUACUGGAAUAUCUA